CUCUGCAAAACAAAGGUUAAAUUUAUUACUAUUAUAACAACUAUCUACAACAAUUACAAAAUUACCUGCAAAACAAAGAAAUGACAAUUAAAGAUUAUUAUAUCUCUUCUUAUCCACUCUUAACCAAAUCUACUUAUAAUUCUCACUCUAUAUAUUCAGUGCCACUUCCAUCCAUCUAUUAGGGGCUAAUUCCACGAACCGUGCACAGCGUGUGUCACGCGGCACACUCAACAAAGAAAGCCUGCUUUCUUUAUAUAUAUAUAUACACUUUACUAUACAUUUUAUAAGAUUUAUACAAGUUAAAUGAAAGUAAUGGUUGAAAUAUCUAAAUAUAAUAAUGACAUAUAUUAUAAAUUAGAAAUGUUACCCGGUACAAAGGUGUUUGGGGUAUUUCGCAUACUCGUGUUCCUACAGAAUCAAGACCAGGUAACGUAGCAAUUGCUGCACGACUUUAUGAAGAUCCAAGUUCAAUUUUCAAAGGAUGGAAAGAAAAUCCUGUAGAUUUUGAUUCGGUCUUCAAUCAAAGCAAAUCAACAUGUGCAUGGUGGAGUCCUGACAUUAUACCUUUAUUUACAAAAGUUAAUAAAAGGAACCAUACAUGGCGAAAGUUAUCCUUCAGAGUGACAAGAUUUCAUGGCUUACAAAAUAAUAUGUUACAUCUAGAUUCAUGGGUAUUCGAUAAAUAUUUAGACUGACUUGACAAAAAGUCACAUGCAGCGAAACACAUGGAUGGUAUUAUUUUUUUUCUUCAUCUUCUUGGUUGUGAUACUAUGAGUCAUUCGUAUAAACUUCAAUCAAGAAGUACAGCAUAUAUCUUCAGAACUGAUCAUGGAAUAACCGAUUGGGGUUUGCAUGGAAGUGGAUCUACAGAUGAAACAGAGACGUCAUUGAUUGCUUGGGGUGCAGGUGUAAAUUCUACCGGAGCUCGUUACGAUGUAGAUCAGGCAGAUAUAACUCUAAUUUUAACACUUAUAGGCAGUCCUUUACCAAGUAACAAUGAAGAAGCAGUGGGUAUAAUUUGAGACAGUUAUCCUAUGGAUUAUUUACUGCCAUUUCUCGUUGGUUAGCAGGUAUAAAUAUGAUCCAAUACGUUCCCAAAUUAAAGAAACAAAAUGUUAAGAACUUUUGCAUAGAAAUAGGGGGAACUAUUUUUUUGUUAUUUAUUAUGUUCAUGGGAUUGACAUAUAGAGCUGCUCUCAGUGCAGGAAUGUUGUUCAUUGUUCUAAUGCAAAAAAUAAUAUUGACAAAAACACAUAAUAUGUUAUUAUGGUCAGGACUAGCUUUGGCCAUAUUUCCUUUAUUGC